AUGAGGUUGACAGUUUAUGGGAAAUUUGGACCCAGUUUGUGCAGGCUGCGUUCACCGGCCAUGUCUGAAACCGAGUCUCACUCAGACAGAGAGGAGGACUACAGGUUCCUCCACAGCAUGCUGAUGGAGAAGAAGCUCCACCUGCUCUUUAAGAUCCAUGAGCGUCUGAAGCAUUUUGAGGAGUGCACCCCCAUCCCCAUUGAGGAGAACGCAAUGAUUCUGGCCUCAGAUCUGGCGAUGGAGCUCAUAUUCCAAAGCUGGAGGGAUGAAGUCAAAGAACUGGUUGACCUCUUUUCCAAACCCCAUUUUAAGAGCCUCUUAUUUGUCCAUGACGCUGUAGCUCAGAGAGACUUUGAGCCCACCCUGCCACCCAUACCUGAUGACGUCCUGGACAGUGAUGAGGAGACUGUCAAAAUCGUCAGUCUGGUCAAAACCAAAGAGCCACUGGGGGCUACCAUUAAGAAGGAUAGGUCCACUGGAGCUAUUGUGGUGGCGAGGAUCAUGAGAGGAGGUGCUGCUGAUAAAAGCGGCUUGAUCCAUGAAGGAGACGAGCUGAAAGAGGUGAACGGAAUCUCACUGGAGCACAAGAAGCCAAAGGAAAUCGUUCCUCUUCUGGCUUGCUCUAAAGGUGAAGUUAAAUUCAAAAUCAUUCCUGCCUCCUCCAAUGCAGAAAUGUCGCCAAAGAAGAAGAAGCUGUUUUUGCGUGCUCUGUUUGACUACAAUCCUCUGGAGGAUCCAGCCGUUCCCUGUAAGGAUGCAGCUUUGGCGUUUAAAAGAAGCGACAUCCUCCAGAUUGAGAGCAUGGAGGACGACACCUGGUGGCAGGCCUGUCACCUCGGGGAGAGUAGCACCCGGGCUGGACUCAUCCCCUCCCAGCAGCUUCAUGAGAGGAGAGUUGCACUACAGCGUCCCAAAGCUCUCUUCAAGCCUCAACGAGUCAAACCACCAGGUGACGAAGAAACCAAACCUGAGGAUGUAGACUACAGAGCCAUAACAGGGAUCCACAUUGCUGGUUUAAGAAGAAGUUUUCGACUUGGGAGAAAAAGCACCUGGGCCAAAGAAGCAGCUCGGUCCAGGAGAUGGAGCGCAGUGGUACACAGCACGUUUACCACCCCUACCUACAUCGAGGUGAUCCCCCACUACAGAGACCCCACAGACAGACACCGUCUGGUCCUUCUGGUUGGGCCCAGUGGCGUUGGCGUAAGUGAACUGAAGAGGAGGCUGCUGAUAUCCGACCCUGACCACUACGGCAUCACCGUGCCGUACACCACAAGAGAGAAGAGCAGGCAGGAGAUUGACGGGGUGGACUAUCAUUUUGUAUCUGUUCACAAGUUUGAAGAGGAUAUCCUCAAUCAAAGGUUUAUAGAGUAUGGGAGGCACAGUGGACACUACUAUGGCACAAAUCUAGACUCUGUGCACAGGGUGAUGGCUGAAGGCAAGGUGUGCCUCCUGGAUGUGCACCCUUGUAAAAUAAAGAAGGUGUACACGUCUGAAUUCAAACCCUACGUGGUGUUUGUGAAGCCCCCACGCAUAGAGGAGCUGCGCCUCACCAGACGGAGAGCUAAAUUCAUCUGUGAUGAAGAGGACAAGAGCUCAAUGAGGAUUUUUUCAGAGGAGGAUUUUGAGGACAUGAUCGACUCGGCUGAAACCAUGGAGAACCAGUGUGGUCACUUGUUUGACAAAGUGAUUAUUAACGGAGACAUUGCCCUGGCGUUUAGAGAGCUAAAGGCCGACCUGAAGAGGGUAGAAGAGGAAGACGUCCAGUGGAUUCCUGCAGAGUGGAUUUGUCCCUCUUCUCCAACACAAGCACGGAGAAGUUGUGGCUAUCUUGGCGGCUGGAUUUGAACCUAAAAAGAAAGAACGACAAGCAAACGAACAAAAGACAUGUCUUAAUUUCUAUUUAUAAACACUGAAUUUCUCUCAUAUUUUAUUUUCCAUUUGUAAAUAAGUCCCGUGACUACCAGACUUUUCCAUAUUGUCCCCCAGUUUGUAUCUAAUUAGGCAAACAGAAUCCAUCUUCUCUCUCUCCGUCUGUGUCAGAGCCAGAUUCUCUACUGGCAUCAGGCUGAAAUAACGUCGGCUUGCAGGACGGAGGGGAAGAAGAAGGAAAAAAGGAAACUCUCCAGAGCUUGUGGCUGAGUGUAAUCCUCCCCUGCCAAGUCGCAAACAUCAGCAUGUAAUUAUUCUGACAGCUGCUGCACUUCAAUUAACUGUAAUGUACACCAGAGAAAUAUUAUUAGUAGCAGCCGGAGAGACACGCUGCCAACAACAAGCUGAACAAAAUAAGGACAGACAGAAGAUAACAGUCGAUUAAAGACUGCAGAGGAAGCACAAGGAAAACCUCUUUCAUAGCUGUAUGUUUCAUGACUGUGUACAUUUAGUAGACAAGGACAAAAAAUACUUAAACAUGUGUUUGAUUUUUUUUCUUUGUUUAUUGGUCAUGUGGUAUGGAAGCCCAGAGUGGGCAAGUAUCAUAAAUUUUAAGGCACUCAGUUUGUUGUGAUAAUGAGAAAUUCCUGACUGUUUUCUCAUGGUUUUCACUUUAAUACAUGAUAUGUUCAUUUAAGUGUUUUUCUUUUUCAACAUCCUGAUUUUUUCUUGUUAUCUUGAGAUUUUAAUUUCUUUAACAUUCAGAUGGUGUGCAAUAAAUUCCUAUACUCAGAUGUCUAUAUCCAAAAAUGGCAGAUUACAUAAAUAAAAAUGGAAUUAGAAUACAAAUUAAUAUUUUGUUCCAACUUUUUUUGAUUAUUUUUGAUAUCAAGAUCAGACCUGAUCAUAAAUAUGUAAUAUUAUUUUUAUGGGAUUUGCUGCUUUAAAUGUCGGUUUAAGUACAAAACUCUGAUGUUUGCAAAGUAAAAACACACAAAAAAAUAUUUUCUUUGCACUACAUGCAAAUUUGGAUUUCCUUGAAGGUCGUUAUCACAGCUUUGAAUAUGUUGAUGAUGAGUGACAACUUAUUAUUUUUUAAACAAAUUACGACACUGUGUUUUUGUCCUGGCCACAAAUAGAUGGCAUACAUAUAUAGCAUUAAAAAUAGUACACAAUAAA